AUGGAUAGAUCAGAACUUGAGUCGAUAGGAACAUCGACCAGGAGUUCCACUCCCCCAAUAUUCCCGAGGAUAGAGGCACGAGAAGCGAACGCUAAAGAUGGACACGAUGAUAACCAUUCAAUACGACAGUUGCGGAGUGCAUUGUUUAGACCAGCAGAAUUCCAAGAAUCUGUAGACAUUUCCAAUACGGGCACUGCCCUGAAUCAUUUCAAGACUCAGUUUGAUACUGACUCAGAAGAUAACUCAUCAGUACAUGCAUAUUCUAUUCAAACGACCAUAGUUAAAGGAUUGGAUAUUUCCGAUCGAGGAGCACACACUGAAGAUACAAAAUUUAAAUUUUUAGAUGCUUAUGAGCGUAAUCGGAAACGACAACGCAACUUAACCGCCAAAUCAUAUGAGAAUGUAGAUUCGAGCAAAGAUGGGAUACCGUUACAAGUUCUUGAUGCAGAUGAUGAGUCUGUGUUUAAUUUAUCACAGCUUGAUGAUUUUACGAAGUUUGUACGACUGACAGAACUUAAUAACGCAAUACAUAAAAAGUACACCGAAGUGACACAUAAUGACAACGUUUUAGACGUAAUACCGACAACUGGAUUGGAGGAUUACGUAGGGAACUUUGAUGAUGAUCAUACAAGGGUGCAAAAGGCGCUGAAAUCAACUAAAUCCCCCUGGUUUGCAUUGGAUUGGAAAAAACCACCUCCAUUACAGAAUACAGAUAUACAGGAGAUAUCAUUCAAUUCAACCUUUUCAGCAGAAUCAGAUUCACCACCGGAAACCAAAUAUCUACAAAGAAAAUUAAAAGUUAGACAUUUACAGAUGAUUUCAUUUGGAGGAACAUUGGGGGUUGGACUUUUUUUGAAUAGUGGGAAAGCACUUACCAUUGCUGGAGGGUUUGGAACUCUUUUAGCAUUUGUGAUUUGUGGAAUCAUUGUACUAACCACCAUUAUAUCCUUUUGUGAAAUGGUAACGUUUGUUUCUGUUGUAGAUGGGGUUUCUGGAUUGAGCUCUCGGUUUGUCGAUGAUUCCUUUGGAUUUGCAGUGGGGUGGUUAUAUUUUUUCAGUUUUGCAUUUGGGCUCACUGGUGAGAUUGUAGCCAGUGUCAUUAUGCUCUCAUACUUCCCGGAGUUAAAAAUUUUAGAUAACAAGGCGUCCAUGGCUGGAUUCGUGACGCUUUUUCUAUUUUGCAUUCUUUUUGUUAAUUUGAUUGAUGUACGAAUAUUUGGGGAGGUGGAAUAUAUUUCGAGUUUAAUAAAGCUCCUAAUCACUUUAGUGAUGAUUAUUGUAAUGAUUAUCAUGAAUACUGGACAUUUAGGGUCGAAGGAGAUUGGGUUCAAGUAUUGGCAACAUGAGAAAUCAGAUUUUGAACAUAAUUUAAUCUUUGGUCUUUUCAGACCUACUUUCAACUUACAAGAUAAUGGAACUGAUCUUAAGGGGAUUGGUGGCGAUAAGGGAAGAUUCUUAUCAUUAUUGGUGGCAAUCUUGGUUGUUUCAUACGCUUAUAGUGGGACUGAGAUUGUUUGUAUUGCUGCUUGUGAGGCACAAAAUCCUCGUAAGGCAUUACCUUCAGCAACAAGAAGAGUGUUUUGGAGAAUUCUUAUUUUUUACUGUUUGUCAGCAUUUGUAGUCUCUUUGAAUGUUUAUGCCGGGGAUCCUAGAUUGUUACGGUAUUAUCUGGGUUCAACAGGUGUAUCUGGCGAUCAAUUUCUGUCCAAUUAUGCCAUUAAUUAUGUUGGUGGAGCUCAUUGUUAUGACCAGUCUACCAUUUUCGCCGGAUUUGGAUCUGGGUCUCAAAGUCCAUGGAUAGUUGCUUUACAAAGUGUGAAGAAGUGCAACUUUAGUUCUGUUUUCAAUGGGUUCCUUGUGUUCUUUGCUGUGAGUUGUGGGAAUGCUCAAUUAUAUGUCAGCUCCAGAACUAUUUAUUCUUUGGCCUUACAAAAAAAGGCACCAAAAAUUUUCAGUUAUUGCAAUAAUCAAGGUAUACCUUAUAACGCCGUAUUAUUUUCAGGAUCCUUUGGUAUUCUCUCAUAUAUUUGUGUGAGUGAACAGGCAACGAAUGUGUUUCAGAAUCUUACGAGUAUUAUUUCAUCUUCUGGGAUAUUCGUCUGGUUCGCCAUGUGUUUAUCUUACAUUAGAUUUUAUUAUGGAUUGAAGAAAAGACCAGAUAUCAUCAGUAGGGAUGAUAAAUCUUAUCCUUACAAGUCACGAUUCCAGCCCUAUAGUGCCUUCAUUGGACUUGUGGGAUCUGCAACUAUUUUACUUUGUAUGGGAUUUGUGGUAUUCUUGAAAGAUGAAUGGGACACUCUAUUUUUCUUUUCCAGUUAUGGUGCAUUGAUGGUAUUUGCCGUGCUAUAUCUUGGUCACAAAUAUAUUAAAAGUACGCGUAUCCCAAGUUUGGAAACCCUUGAUUUUGAUUCUGGAAGAAGAGAAAUGGAUAGGUAUAUCUGGGACGGAGGAAGAGAGUAUAAUCUUCGUAGUAUCAAAGAUGUAGCACAAAAAUGGAUUUCAUUUUUGGCCUGA